UUUACUCUGUGAAUUUACACUCAAAAGUACUUGGGUGUGUUACCCCUAGUCCGGACAGGGCAGAUGCUCUCUGAAGUAUCUUUUAGAUACCAUUUAUGGUGUAUGUAAAAAUCUCAUGGGACAAUUUAACAUAACAUUGCGUACAAAUUUUAAGACUCCAUCACUCCUCCAGCAAACACAGAAGCUACCAGUCUUCGAUCCGGACAAAAUGGCAAGCAAACUGACUCCAGAGCAGAUCACAGAGUAUAAAGGUGUGUUUGAAAUGUUCGACGAGGAGGGGAAUGGGGAUGUUAAGACACAGGAGCUGGAGAGGCUGAUGAGUUUGAUGGGAAUCAACCCAACAAAGAGGGAGUUGAGUCAAAUGGCCAAAGAUGUGGAUAAAGACGGCAAUGGCACCUUUAACUGUGACAAGUUCCUGGGUCUUAUGGCUCUUUACCACGAGCGAGCUAAAAACCAAGAUGCUGAGCUUCGAGCUGCCUUUAAAGUGUUUGAUAAGGAGGCCAAAGGCUACAUUGACUGGAAUACACUCAAGUAUGUGUUGAUGAAUUCUGGUGAACCUCUCAAUGAAGAAGAGGCAGAACAAAUGAUGAAGGAGGCUGACAAAGAUGGAGAUGGAACAAUUGAUUAUGAGGAAUUUGUUGCCAUGAUGACUGGGGACUCUUUCAAGAUGACCUGAGACUGAAAUUGGAGAAGCAUAUGGAUGAGCAGUGAAAUGUAAAAGGAGCUCCCUGGAAGAUCUCAACAGUUUGAAUUAAAGGAUUAUAACGACACCAUUUUGUUGACUGUUUUAUUGAUAUCUAUCCUCGUUGUACAAGUCCUAGAAUAUGUGCAACAAUCUUUUCACACAGGAGAGGAUAUAAACAAAACAUUCCAGAAAGAGUACGGAAACUGUAUGAAUGAGAAAAAUUUAAUUUCCUUCGAAUCAAAUUUGAUGGGAGGCCAAUAAGGGGUUAAUAUCCCUGAACCCACUUCCACCACGGUCAUGGCAUUUGGCGAGUUUAGCAGUGAGAUCUCAUUCCUGUUAUGAGUGACGGAUAUGUAUUGGAACCAAUCAUAGCCUCGCAUCAUUCUGCAGCUGACCAAUGGCAACGCACAAAGACACUGAUAAUGGGUGGGACUAGCAGCUAAAGAUCAAACCGCAUACUAACAUACUCAACAGUAUGUCAAAACAGUAUGUCAGUAUAGGAAGCGCACUAGUUUUGCAUACUUUAUAGAUUAGUAGUAUACGUUUUCAGACGUAGCCUGUAGUCAAGGUUUGUAGCAUCCAUAUAACGGCCUAUGUUUAUUCAGGAAUAUAAAGGAAUGGGAGGAAGAGCGGAACAAUACAAAUGGACCAGGGAAACAUCAGGCGGUGUUGAGUAGGGAAAAUUAGGGACAAGACUGCGUUUUCGGUUCAAAUGCUGUUUUGUAUAUAAUUUUUUUUUAUAGCUUUACUGAGCACUUUUUCCCAGUUGAGGCGCAACGGAGAAAGAAGACAGUCCCCCUUUCUCAAUUUCAGCGCUGUUUUGUCUUGUAAUCAGCUCCGGCUGCUGGUCAUUGUAAUAAGAAUGAUGAAGGUAAUGGCUGAGGAGUGACCCAAACAACCAUCUCCAUCACCACCAGCUCCUCCAUCCCAGGGCCAUGUCUGUGAC